GCCGAUCAGUUCUCGAUUACGUGAAACGACCGAAUCAUCGCAACUCCAACCUUCACAGCAUCAUGGCAGUUCGAUGUCCAGUCGCGUAAGUCCUCAGAUCGCGUGCAUUAGCUUAACAACAGAAAUAUUGACGUUCAGUAUCUAGCAAACCCCAGCCUCCAGGCAAGCCGACAUGGACGUGGACGUGGAUUCUGGAAACGAAAUUGUUGCCAAGCCACAACCGCGACCAUCCCGGUCCCGAAAACGAAGCCCGCCGCCUUCCGACGACGAGGACGACGAAAUGGUCGAUAACCUCUUACCAGGCGCAGCACGAAUGAAGCGACGCAUCAUCGAGCAAGAGGAAGAGAACCGGCGACGAGGUCUCACCGCUGAGCCGGCAGCAGAUGAUGAUGACCAGGCAUCCCAAAAGAAGUCACAGCAACAAGCCGGGUCCAAGACUAAAAGAGAAAGCAAAGUCGACAUUAUCAAAGCCGCCAAACAGCGUCGAGAAGCCGAAGAAGAAGCCGCUCGGCAGGACGACGAAUCGCUCAGACACGCCCUCGACGGAAUGGAUGUCGAGCAGAUGAAGAAUCUCGCUAUUGUCGAGGACAUGGACGUCCGACCACGCGCCGACAAGCCCGUUCGCACAGACGUACAUGGCUCCGAAGGAAGCAGAUGGGACGAGCGCUGGAACGGACGCAAGAAUUUCAAAAAGUUUCGCCGCCAGGCAGACGGAGUCCAACCCCGUCGUGGACAUUCGUUGAUUGUUCCACUCGAAGAAGUCCAACGAAAAGGGUUUGGCAUUGGUGAAGAUUAUUGGCUAGAUAGCACCACUACAAACACCACUGCUGCUGCGAAUCGAUCGCACUCUGCCCGCCGCGAUAGACCCCGUCAAAGUAACGAUGGACCCAGCGAAAUAGAGCUUGAUGCUGACGCAGAAUCGCAACCGUUUGCAACUGCAAGAAGCCAGCCUGCAGAUGACGAGCCCGCUAGGCCAGAGCACAACGAGGAGAAAGAAGAGGAGGAAGAAGAGGAACCGAUACCAGUAAGAAGGACGCGACAGCGACAGCAACGCGCCCCGCCAAGUCAAAGCCAAACUUCGACGACAACGAUAACAACGAGAAAACGUCCUGCGCCUGCGUCGGCAAGUAGACUGCCAGCGAAGAAGCAAAAGUCGUUGUUUGUCCAGGAUGAUGAGGAGAGCGAGGAUAGUGAAGACGAGCUGAAAUUUAGAUUUGGCAGGAGAUGAAUGUACCAAUGGAUCCUUGCGGACUUGUUGCUAGCUAGUACCUUAUGCAUGCCUACGUACGUCCCGUCCAUGACAUGGGCAAGAAAUACAUCUCAAGCACGUUUUACUUUCUGUCUCACUCCCAAUAUUAUGUCCAUUUUCAUCAUCAAUGGUAGAGAAACAUUCAUCUGGUGAAGCCAGUGCUGUUCUUGCAUUUGAAAAUUAUGUGUAUAU